GAACGUUUCGAGGAACGACCGGAGUGAAGGUUUGACGACAUCACUGCUGCAGCCUAGACAUUGAGAAGCCCAAUUCGAUUGAAACGCUCCUCUUUUUGGCGCGAGGUCAUCUUCGGCAUUUCUUCAAGUGGUCUACAGUACAGUGUGGUGAGUUCCCUGCCCAUUCCUAGCAAUGCCGUCUCCUUGCUCUCUCCUGUGCCGCCUGGCCACGCUUCUCUGUGUGUGGGCACUUUGCCAGGCCCAGUUGGAUACCAAACUACCCCCUGGCACCCCCAUCAUCCAGCUGCGUCUGGCAGGGGACAAACACAAGCACUACGAGGGCCGGGUUGAAGUCUACUAUAAUGGAGAGUGGGGCACGGUGUGCGACGAUGACUUCUCCAUCCAUGCAGCCAACGUCGUGUGCAGGGAGUUGGGCUACGUGGAGGCUGUAUCCUGGUCUCCUUCUUCCAAGUAUGGCAAGGGAGAAGGUCGGAUCUGGUUGGACAACGUCCACUGUUCGGGACUAGAGAGAACCCUGGCCCAGUGUGAAUCCAAUGGCUUCGGAGUUUCCGACUGCAAACACUCUGAGGACGUGGGAGUGGUGUGUAGCCAGAGACGAAUCCCCGGCUUCAAAUUCAUCAGUACCCUCACCGACAAUGUGGAAAGUCUGAAUGUCCAGGUGGAAGAUGUGCGUAUCCGGGCCAUCUCCUCCCAGCGUAAAAGGGUUCCCAUGACGGAGGGCUACCUGGAGGUGAAGGACGGGGGGAAGUGGAGACAGAUCUGUGACUUGGAGUGGACUGAGAUGAACAGCCGGGUCAUCUGUGGGAUGUACGGCUUCCCUGGAGAGAAAAGAUACAACACUAAAGUCUACAAGCUGCUGUCCAAGCGCAGGAAGAAGAACUACUGGGGCUUCGGGGUGAACUGCACGGGGAACGAGGCUAGCCUGCAUGGCUGUAAGCUGGGCCACAAGGUGGAGCUGAGGAGGAAUGCCACCUGUGAGAAGGGCUUGCCCGUGGUGGUCAACUGUGUUCCAGGACGUGCCUUUGCUCCCAGCCACGCCCAGGGCUUCAGCAAGGCCUACAGGGUGGAGCAACCCCUGGUGCGUCUGAGAGGCGGGGCCAACAUAGGGGAAGGGCGAGUGGAAGUGCUGAAAAAUGGUGAAUGGGGCACCGUCUGCGACGACAGCUGGAACCUGGAGGCAGCCACCGUGGUGUGUCGAGAACUGGGCUUCGGUAGUGCCAAGGAGGUCCUCGCUGGAGGCAAACUGGGACAAGGAAUGGGCCCGGUCCAUAUGAAUGAGGUGAAGUGUUCUGGCUUUGAGAAAUCCCUCACUGAGUGCUACUUCAACAGAGAUGCCCUGGGCUGCAGUCACGAGGAGGAUGCUGCAGUUAGAUGUAAUGUUCCUGCCAUGGGCUUCCAGAACAGACUGCGUCUGAGCGGUGGGCGGAACCCAUUUGAGGGGCGUGUGGAGGUGCUGGCGGAGAAGAACGGCUCGUUGGUGUGGGGUACGGUGUGCAGUGACAGCUGGGGUACCAUAGAGGCUACAGUCGUGUGCAGACAGCUGGGUCUCGGUUUUGCCAACAAUGCCUUCCAGGAGACGUGGUACUGGCCAGGAGACGUGAGUGCUGAUGACGUGGUGAUGAGCGGGGUCAGGUGCUCGGGGACGGAGAUGACUCUGGCCCAGUGCCUCCAUCAUGGGAAACACCUCGACUGCCCCCGAGGGGGAGGACGCUUUGCUGCUGGUGUCUCCUGCUCUGAGACGGCCCCAGACUUGGUUCUAAACGCCCAGGUGGUGGAACACACCACGUACCUGGAGGACCGGCCCAUGUACAUACUGCAGUGUGCCAACGAGGAGCACUGUCUGUCCAGCAGCGCCGCCGACGCCACAUCGUCCUCCUACCGCCGCCUGCUGCGCUUCUCCUCCCAGAUACACAACAACGGACUGACAGACUUUCGCCCCAAGGCCGCACACCACUCCUGGAUCUGGCACGAGUGCCACAGGCACUACCACAGCAUGGAAGUGUUCACCCACUAUGACCUACUGAGCCUCAACGGCACCAAGGUGGCAGAGGGACACAAGGCCAGCUUCUGUCUGGAGGACACCCAAUGUGAAGAGGGUAUUGAGAAGAGGUACGAGUGUGCUAACUUCGGGCAGCAGGGCAUCACUGUUGGGUGCUGGGAUACGUACAGACACGACAUUGACUGUCAGUGGAUAGACGUGACAGACGUUGUGCCAGGAGACUACAUCUUCCAGGUUGUGAUCAACCCAAACUUUGAGGUAGCAGAGUCUGACUACACCAACAACRUUAUGAAGUGCAGGUGUCGAUACGACGGCCACAGGAUAUGGAUGUACAACUGUUAUAUAGGUGGCUCAAUGAGUUCUGAGACAGAGGAAUCCUCUUUCCGUGGCCUCGUGAAUAACCAGCUGGGACACAGGUAGUGUGGACGGACUCAAUGGAAAGACCGGGAGGAACAAUUUAUUUUGCGAAACUGAUGAAUGACCAGCAAGACUGUUGUGAAAUUACCAACCUCUAGAGGGAGCGCUGUCCCGUCUGUUCCCUCCCUAACGGUCCUGGAUGAAAAUUGAAAAGCAAAGCUCACCUCAGUGCCAACGUUUUAUAUAAGGACGUUGCAGACGGGACAAAAACUGGUUUAAAGAUCCAGCUUGAAGAAGCAACUCUGUCUUUACUGAUCUCACAAAUUUCUGUCACAUGUACAGCAGAGUGCUGGUGCUAUCAAAUUAGAGCUAUUUAGUUACAUGUACCCAACCUUUGUGGUCCACCGUAAGGGAAAAAAGUAAUAUUUUUCAACACCUGUUCCACUUUGAGACAGUGUACUGUAUUGUUUAUUUUUUUUAAAUUAGGACAGUGUGUUGAGCAGGCAAUUAGCUAUGCACCUAUGAACACUAGCGUAACGCUGUUUCUCUGGACACCCCCCC